AGGCAUGCGCAUAUUAGCUAGGUCUUGUUUCGCCCGGGCUAAAUCUAGACAUUGACUGCUCUGCUUUGAUUCAAAGCUGACGUUUAUGUGUUUUGCUUAUUUUUUCAAACCUAUGAGUGUUAUUAAUUAGUGAUCAAGUGCAUAAUAUAUUCAAAAAUUAUUGCAAUCUUCGUCAUCGGUGGUUUUUAAGUAAAUUUAGCUGAUCUCAAGAGUCGUAUCUAUCGAAUUGGGAAGCUAUUUAUACCAGUCGUUAUGGCGACAGAGCAAAAUAUUAACGAAGAGUUCGCUAAUAAACCGAAUGUUGACUUGAGUGCAACUGACCCUCCUGACCAAUCUGCAACAACAAGUCAAGACUUUGGCCAAGCUGCCAAUACCAGAACAGAGCAGAAUGGUCCUAUACAUGAGCGCUGUGUACAUGGAGAAAUCAAUGAGAUUUGUACCCCCUUGGACAGGAGUGAAGUCUACUUCCGCAUAUCUCAACCUUACGAACUACAGCCGCUUAGCAAAUAUUUCCUUCAUGAAUGGUCGGAAGCGGAACAUUUAUUCAUGUCGGCCAUAGAAUUUGCAGAGGAAAUAUACAGUGACUGGUCACCAUGUCCCAGCCCCUCGCCCACUAGCGUUGGACUUUAGGCUCACGCAGAAAAUAAAAUACUGUAAAGCCGCGUUGAUCCUGAUAAAAACCUGCGUUGGUACCACGUUUUUCCACGUAAAUACAUUCACUGA